AAAUUAAAUAGAAAAAAAAAAAACACAAAAUCUACAAUUUGUUUGUUAUAUCUUCCACACGCUCAGUCUCGGAGCUGUAACAAUGGCGGCAGCACUGGUGGUUGACGAUGAUUACCUCAAGGAGAUAGAUAAGGCUCGCCGUGAACUCCGUGCUCUCAUCGCUAAGAAGAGUUGCGCUCCGAUCAUGCUCCGAUUAGCGUGGCAUGACGCUGGAACUUAUGAUGCUGAAUCGAAGACUGGUGGACCUAAUGGCUCGAUUCGGAACGAACAGGAGUAUAGUCAUGGUGCUAAUAGUGGUUUGAAGAUUGCUCUUGAUCUCUGUGAGGAAGUGAAAACUAAACAUCCCAACAUCAGUUAUGCGGACCUAUACCAGCUUGCUGGUGUGGUAGCGGUUGAAGUUACUGGUGGCCCUGACAUCAGUUUUGUUCCUGGCCGAAAAGAUUCAAACGCCUGCACUGACGAAGGAAGACUUCCUGAUGCUCAUCAAGGUUUCAAACAUCUCAAAGAUGUCUUCUACCGGAUGGGACUGUCUGAUAAAGAUAUUGUGGCACUCUCAGGAGCUCAUACUCUGGGAAGGGCUCAUCCAGAGAGAUCUGGUUUUGAUGGACCAUGGACUCAAGAUCCUCUAAAGUUUGAUAACUCAUACUUUGUGGAAUUGCUGAAAGAAGAAGAGACAGAGGGCUUGCUAAAACUUUCAACGGACAAGACAUUGUUGGAAGUCCCUGAGUUUCGUCAUUACGUCGAGCUUUACGCAAAGGACGAAGAUGCAUUCUUCAGAGACUAUGCAGAGUCACACAAGAAACUCUCAGAGCUCGGGUUCACACCAACAUCUUCAGUCACUAAGGUGAUAACAGACAACAGCACGGUGCUGGCACAUAGUGCAGUCGGGGUUGCAGUCGCUGCUGCUGUGGUGGCCUUAGGCUACUUCUACGAAAUUCGCAAAAGGAUCAAGUAAAUAAAAUAGAAAGAAGAAACGAUUCUCCUUCUUAUAUCUCUGCAUUAUCGUUUAAUUUUCUUAUGAUAUAACUUUUUAAUCCUUAAUUUUCUUUUUAACAGCAAAA